UAUACUAUGGAUAUAAAGAGACAAGUAAAAUAUUCUUAAAAUCAUUCACAAUCAGCUCCAAACAACAAAAAACUUUUACAAAAAAAUUUCCUCAGUCCUCAAACAAUUUUAAAAAAUGCAAUCCAAAAUUAAAAAUAAUUUCCUACCCUUACUUUUAUUUUCAAUUGUGGUUUGUGUUGUGUUAAUGAGUGGACAAACCGAGGCUUAUGGAUGGUGGAACCCGUGGUCCUAUUAUGGUGGAUAUGGAGGAUAUGGAGGUUAUUAUGGGAGUUAUGGAUGGCCAUACUAUGGAUAUGGGGGAUAUGGUGGAAUAUGGAAACGUUCGGCUGGGUUUGGAUUAGAAACAGAAAAAUCUCCAAAUUGACGAUGACAAACCAGUAGAAUUGAUAAAAUUACUAUACUUGUGGUCUAAAUUAUGGAAUAAUUUCUGUAGAUUUUCAAUCAAUAAAAAUUUC